AUGGAACACCACUACGCGAUGGACCCUCUUGACCACAAAAACCAAGUGCCCCUCAACCAGAUGCGUCGAGUAUACUACGGCGACGACCACGAGCUUUUGCGCCAGCAGAAUGCCAUCGACUUGAAGUAUCCAUUCCCACAAGCACACUUAUAUCCUACGUCGUCCAGUGUAAGAGGUGCCCCCAUGACGUCGGCGGGUUACUUGCCCCAGGCGCCUGGUGGACCUCCAGGCGUAGGCCAAGAAGUUCACAUGGAUGAUCCACGUUAUGUACCACAAGACUUGAUGUCUCUGAUGCGUGACAUGGAAGACAAGCGUAUGCGUGGGUACUAUGGCUACCCGCUAGCCACACAGAACAACAUGCCGCCAGUGGGCAGCAACCCAAACUUGAACGCUAAUCUCAACAUGAAUGGUGCCAACCUCAAUAAUGGCGGAAUCAGUACCGCCAACAACAUUUCCAAUACUGCUACAAAUGGCCUCAUGCCUCCCGGACCACCUUUACAUAAUCAAAAGAAGGAUGACCAUGGCCUCGUGCUGCCUAUCCCACCACUUCAUGUGCAACAGCAGAUUGCUAAUAAUGAAGAUAACGUUCGUAAAGCCGAAACAGAAAAUGUCAUACUGUCGAAAUGUUCUCGAUGCAAGAAGGACUUUGUCCAGAGGCUUAUCAUGCCCAAAGACUCAAAUGGUGAAGCAGGCGCAGAGCCCAAGGUCUACAAGUUGUGUCAUCACUGCCGUGACUUGCAAAGACAACGUUCUCGCAGAUGGCAAAAGAAGACUAAGGAUAAGCAAGGUGCAUGUCGUCGUUGUGGAACGGAGAUCCCUCCAGAGGAGCAAAAGUAUGUGUUGUGUCCACAAUGUCGAGAGAACCUCAGAAUCAGAAAAGCGAAUCGAGCGGCCCAGGGAAAAUGUGUACACUGUCUGGGACCUAUUAAUGCGCUGAUAAUCAAGGAUGAAGGUGAAGACGGAGCACGCCGUCUGUCUACGUCGGGUUCCUACAAGGUUUGCCAGAGGUGUCGAGAAAAUGAUAAGAUCCGACGCACCAAUUUGGAGCGAAUGGGCAAUUGUAACCGGUGUGCUAAGGCGUUGUCACCAUCGGAGCAAGGUAAACACAAGGUGUGUUUGAGCUGUCGUCAGAAGAAGAAGAAGCUGGGAUCUGGUUCUUACAGUGGACCUAGUGGGGCUCCGAGCGGUAUUCAACAACCAGCGAUGGUUGGUGACGUUGGACAAAAUGUGCUCGUGCAGCCCAUGAACUUUAUUCCUGCCGACCAGGCCGCCAUGAUGAUGGGCCAGAGCCAGGUCUCCGGAAUGGGUAACCCAGUUCCAGUGCCUCAACAGGAAUACCCAGUUGCCUAUGGUAACUACCAGCCCAUGCUCCAGGCCCCACAAUUUUCUCAGAUUCAACCUCAGGACGGUACAAACCAGCUGCCACAGAUGCAUGGAUUUCAAGCACCUCGGUCAUACCUGCGGGAUCGCAUGUAA